GAUAAUCCUACAGAUAGCGAAAAAAGUAAAGAUGAAGUCUUGCUUGAAGAACUUUCUAAAAAUAUUGAAGACCUUAAUUUUUCAAACCCUAUGCGAGUAGAAGAGUACUUGAAUAAUCCUGACGAAGAUAUUGUUUACAAAAUACCUGAUAAUGAUCAAAUUAUUUCAGACCUUGUCGAAACAUUUGAAGAAAGAUUUGGCGAAAUAGAAAAUAAUUCUGAAGAAGUAGACGAUAGUGUUGAAGAAGAAAUCAUAAGUCUGAAUAAUGCUUUGAAAAGACUAGAAAAUAUAUGCACUUUCUUGUUUCAGCAAGAAAGUGUAAGUGAAUGUAUAAAUCUAGUUAGUGUUAUUGAAAAAUUCAUCAAUGUAAAAAAAAAAGAUUCGAUGAAGCAAUCUACGAUCAGUCGAUAUUUUAAUGAAGUAUCACAAUCGACAAAUCAAGAUGAUUGGAUGGAAAUUUUUGCUUAA